AUGGAGGAGAAAAAUACAACAUUGAUUGAAGAGUUUAUUCUCACAGGACUUACAUAUCAGCAGAAUUGGCAAAUACCACUAUUCCUGAUGUUCCUAAUCAUAUAUUUCAUCACCGUUGUGGGGAACCUUGGUCUUAUUGUUCUUAUUUGCAAUGACACUACACUUCACAUACCCAUGUACUUAUUCCUUGGAAGUUUAGCUUUUGUAGAUGCAACAAUAUCAACUACAGUGAUUCCCAAGAUGCUUGUCAACUUUUUCAUAAAGAAUAUGAUGAUAACUUUAUCUGAAUGCGUGAUGCAAUUUUUUUUCUUCGCAUUUGGCGCAACCACAGAAUGUUUUCUUUUGGCAAGUAUGGCAUAUGAUCGCUAUGUAGCUAUAUGUAAUCCUUUACUUUAUCCAGUGAUAAUGACCAAUAGAUUAUGUGUCUGUCUGCUAAUCUCCUCAUUUGUAGGUGGAUUCAUUCACUCCUUACUUCACACGGGUUUUUUGUUGAGAUUAACCUUCUGUAAUGAAAACUUAAUACAACACUUUUACUGUGACAUUGAACCAUUGUUAAAGAUUUCCUGUACUGACCCAUCAAUUAAUAUUCUGAUGAUUUAUAUUUUUUCUGGUUCAAUUCAGGUCAUCACUAUUACAGUUGUUCUUGUCUCUUAUACACUUAUUCUCUUUACAAUCCUAAAAAAGAAGUCGUUAGAAGGCAUAAGAAAAGCUUUCUCUACUUGUGGGGCCCAUCUUUUAUCUGUGUCUUUAUACUAUGGCCCACUUCUCUACAUGUAUGUGAGCCCCAGAUCUGCAAAAUUAAACGAUCAAGAUAUGAUGGGUUCUCUGUUUUUUACUAUAAUAAUUCCCUUGUUAAAUCCAAUUAUAUACAGUUUGAGAAAUAAGAAAGUCAUAGAUUCACUGACAAAAAUGUUAAAGAAAAAUGUUUAA